AUAAACUCAUAGCGUUAAGAACUGGAGCUAGAUUUGUUGAAUAUUUGAGCGAAGAAUUUAAGACAAAAUGGUUUCAGGAUUUAAGCGUAUGCUUGGUUUCCUUCUACUUAUUAAGGUAUCCUCAGCUUGUAUAUUGACAGACACAUCAUUGGAAGGAUUUGCACUGAACUCUUUUCCAGCUGGAUCCUACCAAAUUUGCCAGGAGCUAUGUCAACAAACUGAAGGAUGUCUUGCCUUCACCUGGAGAUCUUACAGUAAGGACUGCAGUUUAAAGAACUCCUGGUAUGGAUCCCAACAAAGGAUGGUGGGGGCAGUGUCUGGUCCAGCUUACUGCGGACAGCAGAAUUGUUAUGAGAGGAACAAAGCUUAUUUCGGGAACAAACUCAUUAAUUCAAGAGAUGAUCAGGUCACAGACAGCCCUGAAAGGUGCCAGAUAGAAUGUCAAGAAACUAAUGGUUGCAAAGCAUUUACUUGGACCUUAGGAAGCAACCGUUGUAAUCUCAAAUCUGCGGUGGCAGGAGAAAACAAAAUAGACAGGGAAGGAAAAAUUUCUGGACCUGUUCACUGCAAUACUAAUGUUGGAGGGGUUUGUCCUCCUCCAGCUUGUGUUCCAGCCUGGAGAUAUGGAAACAUGCGCUUUCAAGGAUGUGCGGAUCCUUUAAAUCAGGGUGGCCUCUGGUGUCCUCUUCCUUUGGGAUUAGAUGCCACAGGGAAUUGGAGGAAUGGAUCUACUGCAUUUGCAUGGUGCAAUGCUCCUUCUAACUGUGUUAAAAAAUGGAGUUACCUUGGUGAACCUCAGACUUACUGCAGCACCAUAAAAAGUGUUGGCCGUCCCUGGUGCCCAACCCCUGAGGGUGUGGAUGACCAGGGAAACUACUUGCCUGCCGGUCAGUUUAUAUACUGUGAAUCAGAUAUGUGUAUAGACACCAACAGCUGUUUACCUCCUGAUAACUGUGCAGAAAAAUGGUUUUAUAAUGGAAAGAAGGAAAAGUAUUGCAGCACUGUUGGAAGCCCAGGAACCCCCUGGUGUCCUGAUAAAUAUACCUUAUCAUCAGAUCUUGCUGUAAGACAUUUUACAAAGCGCAUUGAGUGUAAUAAAGAAACCUGCUCUAGAACUCCAUGUGGACAAAAUGCUGCAGAAUAUGAAAAGAAGAUUGUUGGGGGUAAGCCAGCUGAUCCCAAUGAGUGGCCAUGGUUAGCAGCACUGAUAACUCCAGAAGGAAGUUUCUGUGGUGCAACCUUGAUAUCAGAUUCUUAUCUAGUGACAGCAGCUCAUUGUGUUGUACACUACACUAAGGAGGAAAUGAAGGUUAAAGUUGGAGAGUAUGAUUUCAACAUUGACGGAGAGACCAGUGACAAAAUUUAUGACAUUAAAAGAUUAGUUGUUCAUGAAAGAUAUGAUCCAAAUACAUACAACAAUGACAUCGCUUUGAUUAAACUUAGUGUACCUGCUAUCUUUAAUAAGUCUGUAUGGCCAAUAUGCUUACCAGAAGAGGACAAGGUCUAUGAAAAUUACCGAGCAUAUGUUGUUGGUUGGGGAACAAUCUAUUUUGGUGGACCUGUCAGUCCGACAUUACAGGAGGUUAAUAUUAGAGUUUGGGAGGAUGAGGUGUGUAGAAGGAACUAUAGAGUAAUGGAGAGGAAUAUAACUGAGAACAUGAUCUGUGCAGGAGAUGCUGAUAAAGAUGCCUGCCAGGGAGAUAGUGGUGGACCCUUGAACUGUUUGAAUCUUGCCACAGGACGGUGGGAGCUCUGUGGGAUUGUUUCAUGGGGGCUUAAGUGUGCUGAACCUGAUUAUCCAGGGGUAUACACAAGAACAACCAACUACUUGGACUGGAUAAGAGAUAAUAUCAACAAAAAGGAAAGAGAACUCUUCUUUUUAUAAUUUAAUGGAAUUUCGUUAUCAACACAUGCAUUAGUAUUGUUUUAAAAUUGCAAUUUUUUAAGAAUAAAUUAUAGAUUUCUAUUUAUGACAAAUAUAAGAAUGCGAUAGAUA